CCACACACGCUUUACACCAUCUGAAACAAUUAAGUUUAUCUUGGUCUCAUGAGACCACAGGACAUGGUUCGGGUAAUCCAUGUCUUUAGUCAAACUGUUGGCAGGCUUUCUUGUGCAUCAUCUUUAGAAGAGGCUUCCUUCUGGGAUGACAGCUAUGCAGACCAAUUUGAUUGCCUCUGCAGCAAUGCUGGCAGCACUCAUACGUCUAUUUCCCAAAGACAACCUCUGGAUAUGACGCUGAGCACGUGCACCCAACUUCUUUGGUCAACCAUGGCGAGGCCUGUUCUGAGUUGAACCUGUCCUGUUAAACCACUGUAUGGUCUUGCAGCUCAAUUUCAGGGUCUUGGCAAUCUUCGUAUAGCCUAGGCCAUCUU